AUGUCUACUCAAUCAAGUAGUGGUAAUAGUAGCAGUGAUAGGAGCCCAGAUACAUCUACAGUAAAUAAAGGUUAUAAUACUCCUAUAUCAAAUAACUUUGACGAUAAUUUAAAAUAUACUGGCCCAAAUACUAGGUCACGAGCACACCAAAAUAAAAGAUACCAUAGGAAAUCUAGAAGUGUAGAAUCAUUAUUCUCUGAUACUAGGGGAAAUAUUUCAACUUCAGUACCUUCGGAUCAAAUAGGUGAAGAAAAUACACCAAAACAAAUAAAUAAAAAUACCGAACUACUCGGUUUAAAAUUUUUGGGGGUGGAUAAUUCGUGUACCAUUUCCAAAAUGAACAAUACAGUUCUUUCAUUAGAAACAGCCAUUAAAUUGGUUCCUUUUUUCAAUGGUGAAGAUUCAGCUGAUAUCUAUCCUUAUCUUAGCGCAUGUGAUUUCGUAAUGUCUAAUGUCGAUAACAACAUAAAGCCAGUUUUGUUACAAGCUAUUCGUACAAAAUUAAGUAAAAAAGCUUUUGCAAUAACUCAACAUCGUGACGUUGAAGAUUGGGCAGGACUUAAACAUUUACUCGAAUCAAACUUUUGUGCUAAACGUACACCAGGAUAUCUACAACUUGAACUUACAUCAACAAGACAGUCUCAAGGAGAGUCAGUUCAUGACUACUCUACAAAGGUUGAAAACCUACUCAAUGAAUUAUGUAAUGUGAGCACAAAGGGAAAAUCAACCACAGAUGCCACAGCAAUACGUACAUAUAUAAAAGAAAUUACUUUAACGACGUACGUAGAAGGAUUAUUACCUCAUUUAAGAACAGUGAUUAAAUCAAGAAACUUUGAAACACUGGAAGAUGCAAUGAAGGCAAGUCUUGAAGAGCAGAAAAUUUAUCAAUCAUCAAAAGAGACUCAACGAAUACUUAAAGGAGGAAACCAAGGCAGAAAUAACAAUCAAAAGUAUUGCGAAAUUUGCAAUCGUAAUAAUCAUUUUACAAAUCAAUGUAGAUAUGGAAAUCGCGGUCAAGAUACUGGCCAACAAAAUUUUCAAUCAAAAGUACAUUCAAAUCCAAAUAAUAAAGAUGUGAAAAAGAUAACAUGUGCUUAUUGUAAUAAACCGGGACACUCCGAAGAUGUAUGUUACAAAAAGAAAAAAAGAAAUAAAUCCAAUGGACAGUUUUCGGGAAACGGGCCAAGACCGAGUGGCUCGGGCAACCAAUCGGUCAAAACAUUAAAAACAAUAGCCUUAAACCUGCAAGAACCCUGUCAUUCAAAAUCAAAUUAA